AUGGCCCCGUGGAGCCGAGAGGCGGUGCUGAGUCUCUACCGGGCUCUGCUGCGCCAGGGCCGGGAGCUCCGCUACACGGACCGGGACUUCUAUCUCACCUCCAUCCGCCGUGAGUUCCGGAAAAACCAGAAGCUAGAGGAUCCCAAGGCCCGGGAGAGGCAGCUGGAAAAGGGCCUGGUCUUCCUCCAGCGCAGACUGGGGGGCCUUAUUUAA